AUGAGCUUGGCUAAUAACAGGAUAAUGUCUACACUGACAAGAAACAGUGCUCUUCGAUUGUGCUCUGGCUCACUGUAUAGGAUCAACUACAGGCGGACACAGUUAAGGUUGUACUCAGACUUGAAAAACUCCAACACAACGAAUCCAUAUACACUCAAAAGUGUAGAUAUUACUAAUGCUAAUGAUACUUCAACCAGCAUUCCAAGAAAGGAGGCUGAUCCUAUAAUACAGGACAAUAUCAAUACAAAUGCUUCUGCCAAUACCAAUCUAAACGCAAAUGCAAAUGCAAAUGUAAAUCCAUCUCCAUCAGUAGAACCAGUAAUGAUGAGUCAGCAAAAUAGUAAACCAUUCGAUUUUAUUAAGAAGUGGAGUUCUAUGCUAUCUAGAAACAACUCCAAUAACCAAACGGCUAAUGAUCCUCAUAACUUGUUGGCUAGACUAGAACAAGAAGCAAAUAGGGAUCUCACGGACGCACAAUCACAAGCUAACUUCUAUAAAUUGCUAUUAAACUCAAAUUACCCACAAUAUGUUAUAUCAAGGUUUGAAACCCCAGGAAUAGCUUCUUCACCUCUAUGUAUUGAAUAUUAUACAAAGGCAUUGGAAAAUGUCGGUAGAAAAGAAGAUGCUCAAAAUAUUAGACAGAAUGUGGCUAACCCAGCUAAUCCAUUUAUUAAUGCUUCUGAUUCAUCAACUGCUACCUCAGCAGCAGCAGCAGCAGCAGUAGCAGCAGCAGCAACUCCUGGUGCUUCACCUGCUUCUGCAAGUGCAAGUGCAUUCCAAUCAAAUGCUUAUAGUCAAUUAUAUGGUUCCAGAAAAGAACCUCUACAUGUUAUUGUGACAGAAUCUACUUUCACUGUGGUUUCUAGAUGGAUUAAAUGGUUAAUCGUAUUGGGUUUGUUGACUUACGGUGUUUCAGAAUCAUUUAAAUAUAUUACGGAAAAUACAAGUUUAUUAAAACCUUCGGAAUCUACAGAUAAAUCCGUCGAUGUAGCAAAGACAGAUGUUAAAUUUGAUGACGUUCGUGGUUGUGAUGAAGCUCGUGCAGAAUUGGAAGAAAUUGUAGAUUUCUUAAAAGAUCCUGCUAAAUAUGAAUCAUUAGGUGGUAAACUACCUAAAGGUGUACUAUUAACUGGCCCUCCAGGGACAGGUAAGACUCUGUUAGCAAGAGCCACUGCAGGUGAAGCAGGUGUAGAUUUCCUAUUCAUGUCAGGCUCAGAAUUCGAUGAAGUCUAUGUUGGGGUUGGUGCUAAACGUAUUCGUGAUUUAUUUGCUCAGGCAAGAGCCAAAGCUCCUGCCAUCAUCUUUAUUGAUGAAUUAGAUGCAAUUGGUGGUAAACGUAAUCCAAAGGAUCAAGCUUAUGCUAAACAAACAUUAAAUCAAUUAUUAGUAGAACUUGAUGGGUUUUCACAAACAACUGGUAUUAUUAUUAUUGGUGCAACAAAUUUCCCAGAUGCUCUAGAUAAAGCUUUGACAAGACCAGGUAGAUUCGAUAAAAUUGUAAAUGUCGAUUUACCAGAUGUUCGUGGUAGAUCUGAUAUUUUAAGACAUCACAUGAAAAAGAUUACUUUGGCACCAGAUGUCGAUCCAACUAUCAUUGCUCGUGGUACUCCAGGGCUAUCAGGUGCAGAAUUGGCUAAUUUAGUUAAUCAGGCUGCUGUUUACGCUUGUCAAAAGAAUGCUAUUUCUGUUAAUAUGUCACAUUUAGAAUGGGCAAAAGAUAAGAUCUUAAUGGGUGCAGAAAAGAAAACAAUGGUCUUAACAGAUGCUGUUAGAAGAGCCACUGCCUAUCAUGAAGCUGGUCAUGCUAUAAUGGCUUUAUAUACCCCUUCUGCUACUCCAUUAUACAAAGCCACCAUUUUACCAAGAGGUAGAGCAUUAGGUAUUACUUUCCAAUUACCUGAAAUGGAUAAAGUAGACAUUACUAAGCAAGAAUGUUUGGCUCGUGUAGAUGUUUGUAUGGGUGGGAAAGUUGCAGAAGAACUAAUAUAUGGUAAAGACAAUACUACGAGUGGUUGUGGUUCUGAUUUACAAAACGCAACUCAAACUGUGAGAGCAAUGGUUCAAUCUUACGGGAUGGGUAGUAGUGUAGGCCCUGUGAAUUUAUCAGAUAAUUGGGAAUCAUGGUCAGGAAAGAUUCGUGACACUGCAGAUAAUGAAGUUAUUGAAAUUUUAAAGAAUUCUGAAGAUAGAUCAAGAAAACUAUUGGCGAAAAAAAUCAAUGAAUUACAUAGAUUAGCUGAUGGGUUAGUAGAAUACGAAACUUUAGAUGCAAAGGAAAUAAGUAAAGUUUGCAGAGGUGAGCCCAUUAAUAAACUGAAAACAAUAACAAAUACUGUGGUCGAAGCACCCGAUAGUGAUAAACGUAAAGAAAUUAAAGGUGAUAAAUCAAAAAUUCCAAGUGUUGCAUAA